ACUUUAUUCCACACACACCAUAUUUAUUUCAAAGUUAAUUUUCUCUCUCUUCACCAAAGAAAUCUGGAAAACUCUCUCAUUCUCAAACAAACCCUAGCCGCCGCCUCCUCCCUCCUUCAGUGUGUCUCCGGCGGUCGUUACAUUGCUCCACCAUCUUCAUUUUUGAAAAUCCAUCACCAUAAAAAGAGUCCCCUCCAUCUUCUCUACAAAACCCAUUUAAAAAUAUCAGGAACGGACAACCUUCGCCGGUGACCACCACGCCGGAGCUUGCAACCACCGCGCCGGGUAAGAGCUUACGUGUUUUCAUCCCAAUCUUGUAUGUUGUCCAGAUCUGGGUCAGAAUUUUUACACAAACACUUAAACCUGGGUUGUUGUCUUCAUCAAGGGAAAUGGGUUUGUGGACAUUACUUGAAGGCCUUUUGCUUCUUGCAAACGCACUAGCGAUACUAAAUGAAGACCGCUUUCUUGUCCCUAAAGGAUGGGGCUUAUCAGAUUUUUCAGGAGGCAGGACAAAAUCUUUCAAAGGCCAGAUUAUAGGUCUCAUUUACGCAACUCAGUACCUAAGAGUUCCUCUCAUACUUUUUAACUCCAUCUUUAUUAUUGUAAAGCUGGUUUCUGGGUGAUGUCUAGCAAGGUGCUGGAGUUUCUUAAUGGCUGCAGGUGCUGGAGUUUACAUCACAUGAUUUUAAGUUGUUUUUAGGUAGGAAAAUCUGAGAAAUUCUAUUGUAAGAAUAUACAUUUAAAGUAUCUCUAUUGAUUUUUGAUCCAUUGAUAUUAUUAGUCACAAAAUCACGUUUGCUACAUGUAGCCAAAAAAGGAGAAUCGAAGAUCAUUAUUGUGACUUUAGCUUGAUGGGUGCUGUAUUAAUUUUCUAAGAAUUAAUUAGAAUGGGCCAAUUUCCUUGUAUUAUCUUCAGCUUCUUUUCAAUUGCUUAUUGUUUGA